AUGGCAGCCACCUCGGUGACGGACGCAGGAGGUGUGAGGAUCAUCACAGAGGUCAUCCCAGCCACAGACCCCCGGGCAGCCCAGCUGGCUGCUGGCUCCAGGCCCUCCCCACCCACUGUGGCAUCAUUCCAAGUCAGAGGCUUCAGAAGGGCUCAGCCCAAGAUGCUGGGGACCAUCCACAUCUUCACUGGGAUCAUCCACAUCUGCUUUGGGAUCAUCCUGACAGCUUCAGAGCAUGAGGCCCCUUCACUCCCUGUGGCCAGUGGGAUCCUCUUCUGGCUCGGGGUCUUGCAGCUCCUGGUCUCUGGCUCUCUGCUGGUGGAGAGUGACAAAAGGGAGAACAUCCUGCUGGUGAAGGCCUGCUGCGUGGUCAACGUGGGAGUCAUCCUCAGCACGCUGGUGGCCACACUCAUCCACACCACAGCCAUCACCCGUGACAGCCCUGGCUGUGAGGCCGCCACGCCACACAGCCUCAAACCUGCCUGGUGCUUCAACCCUAAGAACAAGAAGCUGAGCCAUGGGCUGGACUCCAUCUUGGUCAUCUUCAACCUCCUGGAGUUCUGCGUGGCGGUGGCAGCCGUGGCCUUCGGCUACGAUGCCAUCAAGCAGCAAAACUACACACGCAUGGUGAGAGGGGCUGGGGCUCCUGGGGGGGGCCUCAGGGAAUUCUGGCAGGGCUGGGACAGUGCUACUCACCCUCUUCCCUCCUCCAAGGGGCUGCCCCAGGCCACGGAUGUCUCCAGAGCUCGCUCAGGAAGCGGGGGAGGCCUCACUCGGAUGGGAUUAGGGAUGGUGGUGGUGAAGGGCAUCGGGCACAGGCCGCCACCAAGACGUGCCUUGCCCGGCACAAAGAUGUCGGCCUCUACCCAGCGCCAUUGUGGAGGCGGGAGGUAUUGCCCACUACUAAAAUGGCGGUCGAGGUCUCGCUGUCGCCGUUCUUCCGCUGUGCGCACAACAGCGCGACCCUGA